UCAUUUAUUCCAUAUACAGACCGUGUGGACUAUUUGGGCGGUUGUGCACAAAAUAUGCCGUAUGUGAUGGGUGUCGAGAAACUUGCAGGUAUUACUGUGCCUGAUCGUGCGCAAUGUAUUCGUGUCAUGAUGUCUGAGCUAUUUCGCAUUAAUAACCAUCUAUUGUUUAUUGGUACAGCGAUUCAAGAUGCAGGGGGAAUGACACCUGUAUUUUAUAUGUUUGCCGAUCGUCAAAAAAUUUAUGAUGCAAUCGAAGCAAUUACAGGCUUUCGUAUGCAUCUCCGAAUUGGCGGUACAGCACAUGACUUGCCAAAUAAUUGGCAAAAGCUCAUUCGUGACAUCUUAGAUUGGAUGCCUAAACGUUUAGAUGAGUAUUACAAAGCAGCAUUACGUAACUCGGUAUUUAUUGGCCGUACCCGCAACGUCGCGCAAUAUAAUGCAAAAUCUGCCCUUGCAUGGGGUGUAACAGGGACAGGAUUACGCGCAACAGGCAUUGACUUUGAUGUACGUAAGUACCGUCCAUAUAGUGGUUAUGAGAACUAUGACUUCGAUGUGCCUGUAGAGUAUGAAGGCGAUGCUUAUGCACGUGUCAUGGUGCAUUUUCACGAGAUCAGAGAGUCAUUAAAAAUUGUACAACAGUGCUUAGACAAUAUGCCAUCUGGUGCAUAUAAAGCGGAUCAUGCUCUGGCAUCAGUAUCAUGGACUGUCUUAGAUGAUGUAAUUGAACAUAUUGUGAAACAAGUGCCAACGCUUGAAGCAAUUCAAGAUGUUGCACCAAAUGCAGGUUAUCGUGUUCAUGGUUUAAAAGUGGCACGUGAACCAAGACGUUAUUCAGGUGAAUUCAGUAUUAAAACACCUGCUAUGCAGUCACGCAUUCCAGAGGCAACUUUUGCUUUGGGCGAACACGAUGCAAAACGUUUAAAUAUUCAAGACGGACAGCAAGUUACAAUUCAAGUUGGUGAAAACCGUAUUUCUUUGCCUGUGCAUAUCAUUGACUAUUUGCCUGAAGGAUAUAUUGGUUAUCCAAUUGGGCAAGCACCUACGGUUUCUUGGGCAGAGCCUUGGGCAACGGACUGGCCUGUUGCAUACAGUGUAAUUCAAGCAAUUGUUAUUUUAUUGGUUGUGGUG